UGGCAAUACUUUCAAACGAUUUCCAAUUGAUGCUCUGAAAUUUCUGAUUUUUCGUGUGCUUAGAAUUUUAUUGAUAUCUGUUUUCUGUAAUUUAAUAUCACACUGUUCCUCUAAAUAAACGGCAUUAAAGCAUUGCGGCGGACACAAUAUGGAAGACCCCAAUCGUAUGAUGGCUCAUACGGGCGGUAUGAUGGCUCCGCAAGCCUAUGGUAUGCCAGGUCAGGAUGAUGGACAAAAUACUGGAAACGAAAAUGAAGUGCGUAAACAGAAAGAUAUCGGUGAAAUUUUGCAGCAGAUCAUGAGCAUUUCGGAGCAAUCAUUAGAUGAGGCGCAAGCAAGAAAACACACUUUAAACUGUCAUCGUAUGAAGCCGGCUUUGUUUUCGGUGCUGUGUGAGAUUAAGGAGAAAACCGUCCUUUCCAUUCGUAAUACGCAAGAGGAAGAACCACCAGAUCCACAGUUAAUGCGUCUGGAUAAUAUGCUUAUCGCAGAAGGUGUUGCAGGACCAGAAAAAGGUGGUGGCGGUGCAGCGGCCGCUUCCGCGGCAGCAGCAAGUCAAGGAUCUUCCUUGUCGAUCGAUGGAGCUGACAACGCAAUUGAGCAUUCAGAUUACCGAGCAAAGCUUGCACAGAUUCGUCAGAUAUAUCAUCAAGAGCUAGAGAAAUAUGAACAGGCGUGCAAUGAAUUCACCACACAUGUUAUGAACUUACUUCGAGAACAAAGUAGGACCAGGCCAAUUACACCUAAGGAAAUUGAACGCAUGGUCCAAAUAAUUCACAAAAAAUUCAGCUCAAUACAAAUGCAGUUGAAGCAAUCGACGUGCGAAGCUGUAAUGAUAUUACGAUCUCGAUUUCUGGACGCUAGACGUAAGCGUCGCAAUUUUAGUAAGCAAGCUUCCGAAAUUCUCAAUGAGUAUUUCUAUAGUCAUUUGAGCAACCCAUAUCCAUCUGAGGAAGCAAAAGAGGAGUUAGCGAGAAAGUGUGGAAUAACAGUUUCCCAAGUUUCUAAUUGGUUCGGUAACAAACGCAUUCGAUACAAAAAGAACAUAGGUAAGGCACAGGAAGAGGCCAAUUUAUAUGCUGCUAAGAAGGCAGCUGGUGCUUCGCCAUAUUCAAUGGCUGGCCCACCAAGUGGCACCACUACACCUAUGAUGUCACCAGCACCUCCACAGGAUUCUAUGGGCUACCCCAUGGGCUCAGGCGGGUACGAUCAGCAGCAAUACGAUAACAGUAUGGGCGGUUACGACCAUACUCUACAUCAGGACCUUAGCCCUUGAGGCGGUUUAACAUACCACACUUCACAUGUAUACGAGCAAAAGUGAACAUAAAAAAUCACUUGUGAAAUAUAUUAAGAUACAUAUUUUUAUUAUUAAAUUAAAAACUUGAUAUGCUUUGUCAAUAUCUUAAUAUUAUAAUGUUAAUUUCAGACAAAGUAUUCAAUAUUUUUACAAUUCCUACAAAUCAUAUAAAAUUGCAGAUACCUUAACUUUUUGAUUUCAAUAUACUUAUUUACGUUAUCCUAAUCAAUAUCACGCCCAGUUCGUUUACCUAGGAAAUCUUUUAUUUUAAGCUUCAAAAGCAUAAAAACUCCACUUUAUAUGUUCAUUUUUGCUCCGCAGUGUGUAUACGCAAUUAACAAUAAUGUAUACGUAAUAUUGCAUACGAUAAUAUGUAGGCAUCUAUAUAUAAUUUGAAUUAAGCGUAACAAUCUUUUAUUGAAAUGAAAAUCCGUAUACGAAACUUUAGAUAUAAAUAUUAACAUACAUCAUAGUAAUAAAAAUAUAAAAAACAUGUGCAAAUUCAGAAGCAGCUAUCAAAAUCUACAAUUUUAAUUGUAUGGUAACAGCUAAAACAGCUAAUUAUAGAGUGCAAAUUCGAUGAUGUAUGUAGGUGUGCAUAUAAUAUUAAUACUUUGCCAAGCCCAAAUUUACGAUACUUAUAUUUUUUUAGCACAACCUUUUAACUGACGAUACAUCUCAAGAGAGGUAGAUAAAAAAAGUUAUGCAAGCUAAAGCAAAAAUCUCAAUAUGAGCACAUUUACUUAUCUAUUACCUAUGUACGUAACUAUUGUACUUUUGGCCAACAUUCUUCAAGUAUUUAAUAGAAAGUAUUGUAACAAGUUCUCUAAUAUAACUAUAAAAAGCAUUACCUUCAAUUUAUAAUGUGUAAUUAUUUUAAAUUAAUAAAGUAUAUAAAAUUGUGGCAAACAA